CUCCGGCGCUACAACAGGGCUUAGAUUCUAGCUUGAUCUGAAUAUUCACAAUGGCUACAGAUGUGGUUAUUGAUACUACCAUGGGCUCCAUCACUGUUGAGCUCUACAAUGACCAUGCACCAAAGACAUGCAAAAACUUUUCCACCUUAGCACAACGAGGCUAUUACAAUAAUGUCAUCUUCCAUCGCAUUAUCCCCGACUUCAUGGUCCAGACCGGGGAUCCUACCGGCACAGGUCGCGGCGGAAGCUCCAUUUACGGCGAGAAAUUCGAGGACGAGAUCAAUCCAUCCUUGAAACAUACUGGUGCAGGUGUUUUGAGUAUGGCAAAUAGUGGACCGAAUACUAACGGGAGCCAGUUUUUCAUUACACUGGCGCCUACACCGUGGUUGGAUGGAAAGCAUACAAUAUUUGGCCGGGUGAAGAGCGGGAUGAGGGUAGUGCAACGAAUGGGACUUGUGAAAACCGAUGGGGAUGAUAGACCAGUGGAUCAGGUCAAAAUUUUGAAGGCGAGGGUCGUCGAAGAGACUGGUGAUGAGUGACAGGGCAGAAUCGACGCCAGAGCAGGUUAAUUUUGACUGUCUGCAGUAUAAAGCAGUCAUCAUGAACACUCACGCACUAUGGCCCACGGCAAGAACCCGCGAUGGGACAAAUGCACUGAGAUACGUCGCAGCGCGCCCUUCAUAACCAUUGCAAGCCCCAGUGCAAUGGCGGGGAGACAUUUGGCAGAAAAUAUGUUACGCCCGCGCCGGCGAAUUCUAUGAUAUGGUAGAUCUCUAGAAGAGCAUUGUAGAUUAAGCACAGUGACGGAUUACGAGCGCACAUUACGGAGUAGUCCUUCCCGGACAAUGAUGUACGGAGUAUGUAUCACCGCAAAACGAACCGCAUCGAUCAGAUGUCUCCAUCUUGAGCGGCAGAUACAGGGUGAAAUGUCCAAUCUUCCACUCUAUAGGGAUGGCUCCAAUGAAGGCGCCAUCCAUGGAGACAACGUUGCCAGUGUAAAAAGAAAAGCAGUUUGUCUACGCAGAGCGCAGCGAGUGGGUGAUAGAAGAAAUGAAGAAUCAAGAGCUCGCUGAG